UAGUUCACGCACAUGCGCACUACGCAUAGUCAGCAAACCAAUAUCGGAAGUUCUUAGCUUUUAAGUUGCACGUCCUGCGUUAGGAGGACAUAUUUCAGCCAAAAUGAUCAGUAAAGUAAUCGGUCAGAAGUAUGUGUCCAUUGCCAAGUCAUGGAUCCCAACUAUGACUGUAUGGGGCACAGUCGGAGGCGUAGCUCUGGUCCACUUCACAGACUGGCGAGUGAUUUUGGAUUAUGUCCCCUACAUCAAUGGCAAAUUCAAGAAAGAAGAGUAGUGGCACUCAGUCAGGUUGCUGCUGUUUUUUUACACAAAGACUAAAAUAAUGGACAAGAACUGCUGCAGCCCGGAACUUGCGUGCCAGGCCACUUGGAAGCUGUCCUCUUCAUCCUGCAGCUCAGUCAACAUUAAACUGUUCGACAUCCUGUGAAAUGCACUGGAGUUAGGCAUUUCAACAUUCCUUCUACCAGUGAAAACGUGAAUGGAAGGAAUAUUAAAACACUGAUGAUAA